UUUUUUUGCAGUCUUCGCUCUAUUUAUUAACCAACAUUUAUCAAUUAAUCUGCGUUUUAUCAUAUUUCUUUCAAGGCUCGAUCCCGGCACUUUUGGAACAUUGGGAGUGGGUGCUGGAUUUGCACUUGGUGCAAAAGCUGUCUAUCCCGAAAGAACCGUUGUUAUAAUUUAUGGUGAUGGAUCUGCUGGUUAUUCUUUGAUGGAAUUCGACACUUUUGUUCGCCAUAAACUUCCAGUUGUUGGAAUUAUUGGAAAUGAUGCCUGUUGGACUCAAAUUGCCAGAGAACAAGUGCCGCACUUUAAAUCAGCCGUUGCUUGCGAUUUGGACUAUACUCAUUAUGAAGAAGCGGCAAAAGCAUUAGGCACCCAAUCAUUAUUUUUGGACGGUGAUAUGGACGUCAAGCAAGUACGCGAAGCGUUGGCUCAGGUAAUGGCCAGAAGUAGAGCAGAAAAACAAUCUCUGGUUGUGAAUGUCCUUAUUGGAAAGACAAAUUUCCGUGAAGGGUCAAUUAGUGUUUAA